AUGGUGAAAUUCACCUGUGACCCCCACAGUUCUGCUUUUGUCGGGAUGAUGGUGUCAGAUGACACUUCUCCUCUCCUCCUCUACUCAAGGACAACCUCAACAACCAGCACCAUGUGUGGCAGCUACUACGGAGGCUGUGGCUACGGACGCUGUGGCUAUGGAGGCUGUGGCUACGGAGGCUGUGGCUACGGAGGCUGUGGCUAUGGAGGCUAUGGCUACGGAGGCCUGGGCUGUGGCUAUGGCUCCAGCUAUGGCUGUGGCUUCCGCAGACUGGGCUGUGGCUAUGGCUGUGGCUCUGGCUGUGGCUAUGGCUAUGGCUCCCGCUCCCUCUGUGGCUGUGGCUAUGGAUACGGCUCUGGCUAUGGCUCUGGCUUUGGCUGCUACUAUUGAGGUCGCCAUGGGAGACUCUCACCUUCCACACCUGGACAUGGGAUUCACCAGUUCUGAGCCCCACAGCUUCUGAACUUUGCUGAAGAGCUGCCUUCAGGAGCCCUUUGGGUCGAAUACAGCAAUCUUUUUCCUUCCUGUACUUACCUCAUGAGAAGUGGGAGCUUGUGAAACUCAUCCUGAGAACUGUAUGGUCUCUCACUGGAAUGUGCUGCCAUAGGUCCUCCCUUUUGAUGUUCAUGCAGGAACCAUUUCUCUAAUUUCCUAAUAAAC